AUGUCGCCCACGCGCGUGGUGGCGACGUCGCGCGUCAAGUUCGCAGAGCAGGCGACGCCGUUAUCGGCGCCGUCUAGGUCGUCGUCGCAGCAAUGUGCGUUGGAACGACCACUGGUGCUAGCAGGAAUGGCCCACGCGCACGCGCUCGCGCACGUGCACUCCAAUUCUCUCCGCGCGCUGGAGGAGCCGACGGCGGAGAUGGACAUUCUCGUGCGCGAGUGCCCCCUGCCUCAACCGCAGGUGACGGCGUGGGGACCGACCGCAGCAGCUGCCGCAUACUUCAACCACGGUACCGUCAACUUGAACGGCGGAGAAGGCGCGCGCCUGAGCCUACACCCGCCGCAGCCACUAGCGGCGCUGAAGCGCGCGACGAGCGGCGCCGUGACGCAAGUGCGCGCGGCGGCGGCGAGCGCGGCGGGGCGCUGGUCGGCGACGGUGGCGGGUGUGGCGGCGCGCGCGCAGGUGAAGGUCAAGCUGCGCCUGAGCCCCGCCGCCAGCCGUCUGCUCAGCGGCGCCGUCGCGGGCGGUGUGUCGAGAACAGCGGUGGCGCCACUCGAGACGGUGCGCACGCACAUGAUGUGCGCGGACGCGGGGAGCGUGGCGGCGAACGGCAGCAUGACGCGCGUGUUCAAGUGGGUGGUGGAGAAGGAAGGGUGGGCGGGGCUGUUCCGCGGCAACGCCAUCAACGUGCUGCGCGUCGCGCCCAGCAAGGCCAUCGAGAUGUUCACCUACGAAACAGUUAAGCGUGCGCUCACGCCCACGCCAGGCCUCCCCGCGCCGCUACCCUUCCCCCUUCCGCUGCCCAUCUCCUCUAUAGCGGGCUCCUCUGCGGGUAUAGCGUCCACAGUGCUCAUGUACCCGCUAGAGCUUGUCAAGACGCGCCUCACAGUCAGCCCGCACCUCUACCGCGGCUUCUUACAUGCUUUCCACCGCAUAGCGCGUGAGGAGGGCGUGGGGGCGCUGUACCGCGGGCUGGCGCCGAGUGUGAUGGGCGUGAUUCCUUACUCGGGGGCGAAUUUCUUUGCGUACGAUGCGCUGUGCACGGCGUAUAGAAAGGCGGCCAAGGUGAAGCAGAUUGACCCGUUGACCACGCUGCUUAUUGGCUCCACUGCUGGGUGCUUUGCUGCUGCCUCCACGUUUCCACUGGAAGUCACCAGGAAGCAGCUACAAAUGGGUGCCACAGGUGGCAGAAUGGCAUACCGGGGCAUGCUGCACUGCAUGCGGUGCAUCGUGAGGGAGCACGGGGUGAAGGGGCUAUACAGGGGGGUGGUUCCGUCGUGUGUUAAGAUGAUGCCAGCUGCUGGCAUCUCCUUCAUGUGCUACGAGGUGCUCAAGCGCAUGCUCAUCGAGGAAGAGAGGGCGGCAUAA